UUCCAGUCCUACUGAAGAAGAAGAACCAGCCCUCCGUGAAGCUAACAGCUAACAUCCAUGAAGUAUUAAAGAAUGAAAGCUUAUGAACGCCCGCUCAUGCGACAGACAAACCAGGUUAAAGUAGCGGCUAGGCGUAAGGAGCUAUGGAGAAAAGCUUCGCUCAGUGGAAAAAGCAGUGCCUGAACAAAGUGGACCUGAGUAAGAAGGGCGCUGUGGACGAGGCCAUCGAGCACGUCGUGUCUCUGCUCAACAGCCGGGAGGAGUUCUUCACUACCAGCUCCUGCUCGGGGAGAGUCAUCCUCAUCGACGGGGCUCCAGAAAGCAGUGCUGUCCAGAAACAGAACUGUGCCUGGCUAUUUGUCUCACAUCACAAGUGUACCUCAGAGGACCUGUUGUCUGCUCUGGCCGGGUGCUCCGGUGAUGCUGUGUUGAAGUUUGAGCCCUUUGUACUCCAUGUUCAGUGCAGACGUCUGGAAGACGCACAGCUAAUGCAUUCAGUGGCCAUCGACUCCGGUUUCAGGAACUCCGGCCUCACUGUUGGCAAGACGGGAAAAAUCAUCACGGCAAUCCGUAGCACCCACGGCCUGGAGGUUCCUCUGAGCCAUGAUGGAACGCUCCUAAUUCCACAGGAAUACGUCACCUAUCUAACACAGGUAGCCAAUCAGAAGAUGGAGGAGAACCAUAGAAGGAUAUCCAGCAGGUUCUACCAGAACCUCCAGUCAGCCCUGCUAACAGAGAAACGCCAAAGAUUCCAGAUCCAAGAUCCUCGUGAUGCUCGGGAGACAGAAAAAGGGACAGACGAAGAGGAGGAAAAGGAGGAGAGGAAAAAAACAAGUGUAUAUAAACGGAGGCGAAAGAGGGAGCAGCAUGAGACAGACAGUUGCCAUGGUGAUGGGGACAGUAGUGUGCCAGGGCUAGAAGACUGUCUGGAUCUGUUCACAUGAACUAAUGGCUCAGUUUCACAGACUGGUUUCACUGGAUUAUAGUUUCCCAGUUUUCAGAUGUUUUAGAGAUUGUUAGUUUUGCAGUGAUGAUGGGCUUUCAUCACUAUGAUCACCAUGGUAACAACGGCAUUAAAGUAAAUACCAAAACAGAAAA